AACCGGUCUUAUCAUUCACAGGUUCAUCAUCUAUCUCCCAAAGUCGACUUGAAGUGUGGAAACAUUAUCGAGGUCAAUUGCUGCUAUCUACCAUGAAGCACUCCAUUGUCGCCGCCGCUAUAACCCUUAUAAGUGCCGUAGCUGCCGACUGGCAGUUCAAGUCCCGCCCUGACUUGGCUCCACCACGACUCAACAUCACUAUCCCCGCCGCAAACAACGUUGAAAAGGGCUACAUCUUCAUCUCUCCAUUCGCAGGCUACCCUGAUACCGCAACUGAACAGCAUGGCCCUCGCCAAGCCGGCCCUUACAUCUUCCGCGACAAUGGCGAUCUAGUCUGGUCCGGCUAUGGCUACUUUUCGAUUUGGUCCACCAACUUCCAAGCUGGGAAGUGGAAUGGCGAGGACGUGCUGUUCUGUUUCGAGGGUGAUCAUAACCCUGGAUAUGGGCACGGCCACGGCCACACUACUAUCUUGGAUCAGCAUUAUGAGACUAUUCGUGAGCUCAGAGCUGGUAAUCACAAGCUCACUGAUAAGCAUGAAUUUCAAGUCGUAGGUGAUGAUACCGCGGCUAUUCAAGUAUAUCAGCCGGUUCCACGCGAUUUGACUCCAUGGGGUGCGAGUGAAGACCAGCAGUGGAUCGUGAAUGCGAUUUUCCAGGAGCUUAACAUAACCUCUGGGGAGCUACUCUUCGAGUGGGCCAGUCUGGACCAUGUUACGCCGGACGAGGCAAUCCUACCUAUAAACCCAGGCCAAGCGGGAUCUGGCUACAACUCUUCAGACGCAUGGGACUACUUCCACAUCAACAGCGUCGACAAGAACGAUGACGGCGACUACCUCAUCUCUGCCCGCGAUGCAUGCUCCGUGCACAAGAUCAACGGCACCGACGGGUCCAUCAUCUGGCGUCUAGACGGCAAAAACUCGACAUUCACUCUCGGCGAAAAUGUAACAUUUUGCUUCCAGCACCACGCGCGCUUCCACCCCGAGUUAAAGUCGGUGCAUGAUGGAGACGACAUUGAAAUCAUAUCACUCUACGACAACUCGGCGCAUGGCCCUGAAGACAGUGGUGGCAGCGGAGAAGUACAUACAGCACCUACCAGCAGCGGCAAAAUCCUCAAGCUCAACACCACCUCCUGGACCGCGGAACUCAUACAAGCCUUUUACCCUCCCGAUAAUCUGCGCUCCAAAUCUCAAGGCUCUACUCAGCUUCUGCCCAACGGCAACGUGGUCGUUAACUGGGGUUCAUCUGGCGCCUUGACAGAGUACGACGCCAGUGGUAACGUGUUGUUUCACACCUACAUGGACUCAGACUACCUCGGUCUCGGCGUAGAGAACUAUCGCGGCUUCCGCUAUAAUUGGACUGGCCUACCCAACGAAGACCCUGCGAUUAUCGCUUUGGACAACGAGCACGGGACGACGAUCUAUGUCUCGUGGAAUGGUGAUACCGAGACGGAGACUUGGCGCUUUUACGCUGUUACUGGUAGGGAUGACGAGAGAAGCUUUCUUGGAGAAACGAAGCGGACAAGCUUUGAAACGAGUCUGAAUGUUCCGGACAAGAGUGUUUUGCGCGUGGUGGCUGAUGCGGUUGAUAAGAAGGGAAACGUAAUAAGGUCUUCGGGUAUCGCGGCUUUGGAACCGGAGAUCUUGCCUGCGAAGGUUGGGAAGAAAGCUGCUCCUGCUAUUGUUGUCCAGGAGAAGUCGUAUAUGGAGCUUUAGUUGAGAUGUCGUACAUCUUGAUCUACACAAACCUGGUUUUGACGAAUUGGUAUAAG